AUGGAGUCGUCCCAGGGGCGGCCUGGGCCCGAGGCGGACCUCCCGGCUGUAGGGGAGCAGCAAGCCGUGAUCUUCGGCGGCGGGCCGGGCCGAACCCCCUCUGAGCCGCCCUCAGGCCUCCCGGCGUCUGGGCAGGAAGAGGCCGAGAACGUUGAGGGCGCGAGCCGCCACCCCGGGGCGUCCCCGAAGACUUCCAGCCGCGGCGCCGUCCACCGGGCCGAGCGGGAGGCUCGGGACGACGAGCCCGGCCGCGGAGGGACGCGGUCCGGGCCGGGUAGCCGCCGGGGGGCGCCGGGCCCUGAGCCCGACCCCCACGGGUCCUCCCGGCUGAAGGACCCGGAGCCACCGGAGGACGAGCUUGCAUCCGAGAGCGGCUGCCGUCGAGGGAGCCCGGGAGGCAGCGGGAUGGAGGUGGAGCCGCAGGAGGAAGACGAGGAGGCGGCGGCGGCGGCUGGCAGGGCUGGCCGCUCGUUCUCCAGCCGCCUUCAGGACAGCCGCAGCCUGGACGGGCUGAGCGGGGCGUGCGGCGGUACCGGGUCCGCAGGGGGUGCUGAGCCCGGCGCGGGCGGCGGGCGCCGCGCCACCAUCUCCAGCCCCCUGGAGCUCGAAGGCACCGUGAGCCGCCAUGGCGACCUCACCCACUUCGUCGCCAACAACCUGCAGCUCAAGAUUCGUCUGAGCGGCGCCCCUCAGCCCCCGCCCCCUGCCCCUGCGCGGCCCUGCGCGGCGCCCGCACCGACUCCCGCCAUUCCUCCCAUCGACCCCGACGUGCUGCGGGACCUGGAGCGGCUGAGUCGGGAGCUGGGCGGCAGGGUGGACCGUCUGCUGCGCGGGCUGGGUGGCGCGGUGCAGGAGCUGACAGCGCUGAGCGUGGGCUGCAUCCAGACCUACCGCGACGCCGUGGACUCCCUAGGCGAAGCCGUGGACAUGAGCAUCAAGGGCAUGUACACCCUGCUGGCCCGCUGUGAGGAGCUGGAGCGGGCGCUGCAGCCAGUUCAGGGGCUGGCGCGCCAAGUCCGGGAUAUCCGACGCACCCUGGAGGUGUUGGAGGCCCUGUGCAAGUGA